ACAACAACAAUAAACGUGAGCCCAAUUGUAAAAUCUCGGCCCAUGUACGAAAUCCUAAAAAUACCAAAUCAUCCCCACCACAAACCCUAGAUUCAAGGCAGCGACUACCAAAACCAGAAGCAGCGGCAGCCCUAUCUCCUCGUCACCACAAAAUGACUUUCAAGCGAAGAAACGGCGGACGGAACAAGCACGGUCGCGGUCACGUCAAGUUCAUCCGCUGCUCUAACUGUGGAAAGUGCUGCCCUAAGGACAAGGCUAUUAAGAGAUUUAAUGUGAGGAACAUAGUGGAACAAGCAGCUGUUAGGGAUGUUCAAGAAGCUUGUGCAUUUGAUCAGUACACACUUCCCAAGUUGUAUUUGAAGGUGCAAUAUUGUGUUUCUUGCGCAAUUCACUCGAAAGUUGUUAGGGUCCGCUCAAGGACUGAUAGGAGGAACCGUGAGCCACCAAAGCGUUUCUCUCGCCCAAGGGAUGAUGCUCCUAAGCCAGGUCAAGCCCCUCGUCCCGGGGGUGCAGGUGGUCCCCCUCCCGUGCGUUCUUAAGUUUUUUAUCCUGAUUACUGUACUUUGAGCUCCGUUUUGAUUCGGUAACUAUCAUGUUUUUUUAUAUUAUGAAUUAGAUUUUGUUCCAGAUUAUUGUUCGAUUUCUUUUUUUUAUGCUCAGAAUAACUUGGGACAUUUAUUACACACUUGAUUAUCAUUUUCUUUGUUUA